CUUGUCGUGUACAUGCUUUUUUUAAGAGUUUGGUGGCUGCCCAUAUCCGUAAUGUCCCACAGGAGAUGUCAUGAAAGAGAUAAUCAGUUGGUCGUCUGCAUUAUUUCCUUGUGAUUUUCACCUAAAAAACACUUUUUUUUUCUCCCCCGACUAGUUUCUUUCUUCGUAUGCUUUAGCAAAGACAAAGGUUGACUGCCCAACCAAAAAAAAAAAAGGUUGGCGUAUCAAUAUCAAUGUUCACAAGUGGCGAAAUUUGGGAGCCCCUGUCCGCAGUUAUUUGGAGCUCAUCGCUAUUUCUCUGAUUAUUCCUUGCCGAAGGUCAAUCAAUCUUUCAGUUUCCCAAACUCUAUCUUCUGAUGAAUCCACAACAACAACAAUCGGAACCGGACCUUCUGGAUCCAUCCUUGGCUUCUCUUCGAAUCCAACCUACGUCGCCACGUGUCCCAUUGACCACAAGCGCCACCCCAACCACUGGUGCCCAGCGUCGCAUCGCCAUCGCCGUUGACUUAAGCGACGAGAGCGCUUACGCCGUUCGAUGGGCUGUUCAGAACUACCUUCGACCUGGAGACAUCGUCAUUCUCCUCCAUGUUCGUCCAACCUCGGUCCUUUAUGGAGCCGACUGGGGCUCUAUCCAACUGCAAAUCAUCCCUAACUCCACAAAUAAUCACGAAAAUGCCACUACCAUCACCACCGACCACUCCGACGAAGAGUCGCAACAGAAACUCGAAAACGAGUUCGACAUUUUCACCACAACGAAAGCGAACAUGCUGGCGCAACCGUUAGUGGAUGCUGAGAUCUCGUUUAAAAUCCACAUAGUUAAAGACCAUGACAUGAAAGAGAGAUUGUGUUUGGAAGUGGAGAGGUUAGGGCUGAGUGCGGUGAUCAUGGGAAGCAGAGGGUUUGGAGCCUCUAGGAGGACCAGUAAAGGAAGGCUAGGAAGCUUUAGUGAUUAUUGCGUCCACCACUGCAUUUGUCCAGUGGUGGUGGUCCGCUACCCGGAUGAGGAUGAGAGCGGAAUAGGCGGAGCCGAGAGGGUGAAGAAGAAGAAGAUUGUAGGAGAAGAUGUGGAGCUGCAGCCGGUACCGGAAGAGGAACUUGAGUAUCAUGAUGCGGAGGAGGAGCACAGAGAUGCUUAAUAUGACUUGGAGCAAUGAUAACUGCCAACUGAUUCAGGUAAUUUAAUAUCACUCAGAGCUUUCAUCUGUUUGAGACCCAUUUCUGAUUUCUUUCCCUUCUCCCUUUUCUAUUGCUAUUUCAUUGGAACAGAGAACUCACUCAUGGGUCUUAUUGUAAAGCUUGUAUCGGUCAUGUGGUUUUUAAUGCAUUAUUUGCAAUUUCGAAUAUAUAGCUUGGCUUUGCCCCUAGAUAUAUAUACAUAUAUAUAUAUAUAUUUAGUUCACAGAAGGGCAAACGCCUGUACAAAGAAAAAAGGGAGAUAACGGGAUUAGAAUCUUUACUCACAUGUCUUUUUUAAAGUUUCUUAUCCAUUAGGCCAAAAGUAAAAGAUGGCUUUACCCCUAUAUAUAAUCUUUUGUAGUUAACUCCUUUGCAAAUAAAGUGUCAACAUUUAUUUUGAUUUACUGGAUAGGGAUGAUUGAGAACUGAUAUGCCCCUGUGCUAAUAUUGCACCGAAUGGUGAAAGGCAAAUCAAAAUGUGCAGACCUUUGUGGUGGCAAAAGCAUGAGAAUCUUGUGCGGUGAUGUGAUGGAAUUUUAUACUUUGUAUAGAUGGAUAGUAAUAGGGUCUUGGUUUUCCUCCUUUCUGUGAUGAACUUUUAUCCUUUAUAUAGAUGAAUUGGAUGUUUUCAUCAAUUAACCGUUGAAUGCAUGUGUGCCUUUUCACCGCAUGUUACUGAUAUAGUAGGAAUGCCAGAUUUUUCGUACAUUAAAACCGCAUUUUUUUAUUAUUAUUGAUUUGUUUGUAACC